ACAUACGACCAUAGGACGUUGAAAACAAGGCUUCCCGUUCGCUCAGCCAUAUUUAAGCAACGUACCGGCGGAUUAGUAGUUAGGUGGGUGACCACUAGCGAAUACCCGCUGUUGUAUGUUUUUGUCAUCUCUUUGUUCUUGCCGUCGACGUUCGCACCGUUCAAAUGGCGGUCAGGCGUUGUUUUUGUUGAGUGA